UGGCUAUGGCUCUCAGCAUAUUUAUAUUUCUUUUUUUUUUUUUUAACAUAAAUCUGCUUACAUCAGGACUUAGGGAUAUAGCUCAGUUGGUAGAAUGUCUGCUUAACAUGCGUAAGGCCCAGGGUUCUAUCCCCAGCACCCCCAAAAUACUAUUUUUAUUUACUACUGCUACUUAUAGUAGUAAAAUUCCUGGUAUGGCCAUAUUUAUUUCUUUAGAUGCUUCCAGAUGUUUGUGAGUGUAUAAAUUCCUUUUUAUUUUUAGUCAGUACUCUUAAGCCAUUUUCCCUUUUAAAAUUACUAACCAUUGACCAUAGUUGAUUUUCUAUAUAAUUUUAAAGGAAAUCUGCUUGCUUAAAAUCUGAAGUAUAGAAUUGACUUUGUCCAGCAUUCCUUUUAGAGAUGUGGCCAGUAAAGGGUCAAAUUGGGGAUAGCUAGGUUCUGAGGCAGAGAAGGAAGCUUCAUAAGAUAAACAUAUGUAGCAGUCAUGAAAUGAAGACCUAAACAGACCCUAAACAUUAGGGUUGGAUCACCAGUGGGUAAUUGCUCACCUAGUACACAUUAUGACAAACACUUAAAUAUGACUUGGCAGUGGCUAAUUUUUUUAAAUAGCAUUACCUUUAUCACCAUAAAGCUUUAUAACAUUUGAUGACCUAUGCUGCAUGCAAUUGUCAAUAUUUUUUAAAAGCCUAAAAGAUAAAAUUACAGACUACUUUAUUUUGCUUUGCACAACAUUAUAUCACCUUACUGUGAUCAAUUAAUUUUAUCUGAAACUCCAAAUCAAUGAAAAAUUAAUAAAUUAAUAAACACAUUUAAAAUCUUUUAAAAUGUAAGUCCAUGGGAGAAAGUGGAGAAGUAGGAUAUAAUAAAAGGAAUCUUACCAGCUAGAAAAGUUGGCCAUCACUCAAUCAAAUAAUCUCUUAUAUCCUUUUUAACUAUUGUGCAGUGAUUCCAAGAAACGAAUAUCACUUUAAUUUUUUUUAAUUGUUGAUAGACCUUUAUUUUAUUUAUUUAUAUACAGUACUGAGAACCAAACCCAGUGGCUCACACAUGCCAGGCAAGUGCCCUACUGCUAAGCCAUAGCCCAGCCUGGAUAUCACUUUUAAUUAAAAACAUGGAAGAUAUAGGGGAAAAAAUUCUAUGAAGAUUAUAGAGGGAAAAAAUUCCUCAUUGUCCAUGCUACUUUGUUAUCUUCCCCUGAAUAUUCACUAGGAGCUAGAUGCUGUGGUGCAUGCCUGUAGUUUCAACAGCUUGGGCAGCUGAGGCAGGAGGGUCACAAGUUUAAAGCCAGCCUCAGCAGCUUAGAGAGUUACUAAACAACUUAGUGAGAUCCUGUCUCUAAAAUAAAAAUAUAGAAAAAGGGCUGGUGAUGUGGCUCCAUGGCUAAGCACCCCUGGGUUCAAUCCUGGCACCAAAAAAUAAGGAAAAAAUAAAAGAAAACUCACUAUGAUUUUAUGCCACAGUUCCUAGGAACACUUAGUUUUAUGCUUAAUUGACCCUAUCCUUUCCUGCUCCCUCCUAUGUAAUUUGAGUAGUUUAAAAAGUAUCAAAUAUUAAAUGUAAAGAGUAAUGCUAUCCAGUGAGAAUACUUUCCAGUCACAAAGGCAAGUAAAUGUCCACAAUUCAAAAGAAAUCCUUAGUGACUCUUUAAAAAGGAAGUAAGUUAUAUUUAUAUAACUUACGGGAUUAUAUAAAACUGAACAAAGAAUAUAUAUGUUAAUAUUAUAAAAAUUGAAAUUUUUAUAAAUUGCUAGACCAUAUUUUUUUCUCAUGAAAGAAAAUUAUGGACCUAAAUUGUUAUAUCCUAGGCCAAUAAAAGUAAUAACACAUAGCAUGAUAGAAUACUCCCUGUCUGAUAAGAAUUUUAAGCACCAGAAGGCAGAGUGUUCCACAAGACAUUUUCAUUUUAGUUGGUCUUUAUGUUUAUGAAUAUACCAUUCCUAUCAUGAAUGUCAGUCAUUAUUUCAUGUUAUUAGCUGAAUUUCAAAAAAGUUAGAAAUAUGGUCAUUUUGGAAUUGUCUAUGUGAUAUUAAUAGUCUAUUGAUGAUUUUGUCCAGACAACAUAAUGAACAGUGUUCUGAGUUAUACCAAAGUUGGUUGAACAUCCAUCCAUGUUUUCCCUUUUCUGAUUGAAGUCUUCGUUUUUGUUCCUGAAAAUGAUUUUUUAAAAAUUUAUUUAUUCUAAUUUGUUACACAUGACAGCAGAAUGCAUUUCAAUUAAGCAGGUGGCAUCACUAUACCAGACCUUAAACUAUACUACAGAGCAAUAGUAAUAAAAGCAGCAUGAUAUUGGCACCAAAAUAGACUUGUAGACCAGUGGUACAGAAUAGAGGACACAGAGACAAACCCACAUAAAUACAGUUAUCUCAUACUAGACAAAGGCACCAAAAACAUACAUUGGAGAAAAGAUAGCCUCUUCAACAAAUGGUGCUGGCAGAACUGGAAAUCCUUAUGCAGCAAUGAAAUUAAGCCCCUAUCUUUCACAGUACACAAAACUCAACUCAAAGUGGAUCAUGGAACUGGAAUUAAACCAGAGACCCUGCACCUAAUGGAAGAGAAAGUGAUUUUUAAAAAAGUUGUAUAUAUAUCUAUGUAAAUAUUUAGUAAAAUUUACAAGUGCAGAUUGAUUUAAUGAUGUAAAUGAAGUGAAUGAAAAAUUUGAUACGUGUAUCUUAUAGCACAAUAAGCCCUUUUAUUCCAUACUUAUCAGUAAAACCAUUCUGAAGGAGCCACCUGCCACAUAAUAAUCUUUUUCAAAUGUUGUAUUAUAAGUUAGAGGUAGCAUCACACAUUUGGGGAAAUUUUAUUCAGGUCUUAGUUAAGUUGAUGCACAGAGUGAAUAAUGAGUAUGAUGAGAAUUAUCUUAAGAAAUCUCUUAAAUAUCAGUCAUGGCAUUCAUUAAACAGAAGUACUACUUCUCAAUAUGUACAGUCCCGCCACUUUGUCCUUCAGAGGUAUAAAGAUUUUACUCUUUUAUUGACCACCAGUUGAAGUAGUUGGCUUAUAUAUAAGGGCUACAUUAUAUGAUUUUUAAAAUACAGAUUUUUCUUUCAUCCAUCCUUUAUACCUUCCUUCCUUUCUUCCUUGGUGAGAGCUUCACACACACUCACCAGUCAAAUGUUCUACCCCUGAGCAUUUUUCUUUUUCUUCCCUCUUAAUCAUCAAUCUACUGUUGCAAGUUGAAGUCCUGAUCUAGAGCUAUUCAUAGAAAAGGCACAAACCCACAUAAAAAUCUGGCCAGUACUUGAAUUGACAUAACAAGUGGGACAUUUAUUUUUUUACUUCUAUAAGAAUAGAAAAUUCACAUAUUCCUCUCAUGAUAAGAAUUACCCUCCUUUAAGCACUAAAACAUUUAUCACUGCUGAAUACUCUUUAAAGAAAGCUUAUAAUGGGUGAAGGCUGGAAGGAGAAUAAAAACAAAACAAAAAAAAACUUAAUCUAAGUUUUAUAAUAUGUAUAAAUUAAUCAUAAGGGAAUUAAAAAUUAGUAGCCAAGGGAAUAGGUUAGCUCCUCAAAUCUCUCUCUACCCUUAUUUUAAGUUAAACCUAAUUUCAAACAAAACUAAACCCAUAUAUUUUGUCUUUUAAAUUUUCUUAACAAUAUCCUCAUCCCAGUCAGGUCCUACAGAGCACAAACAAAAUUAAGUGAAAAAUGAUUUGUUUUUCAAGUCUUCAGUUUUUCAGAAUUAUCCUGAAAUCCAUUUAGUGCAUAGAUUAGAUCAUCUCACCAUGAUUUGGGUGUAGGGCUAUAGAAGAAAAACUUGCAUUCUUUUUCCUAGGCAUUGAGUUACUGCUGUUCUCAAAAGCCACAACUGAAAAGAGUUUUCCUCAAAAAUAACUUGUUUGGGCAAGACAAUAUUUGAUCCUAAAAGGUUAUUUGAUAGAAGAGAUUAGACUGUUAAAGAAACAAAGAACUGAGGUUUGCUGACCAUGAAAAUUUUAAAUCAAGCAAAAAUGUUUAUUUUUAUGUUUACCCUACAGUUUCAGUUAGGUGAGAUAAAACAUAAAGAUUAUUUGAAGCAGUUUUAUCACUUUGCAUGUUAUUUAGCAUUACCUCUCUGUAGAAAUUACUUGUACUUCUUUGUUGCCAUUUAUUAAAGACAUUUAUAAGUCAUGUUGGGCUUUGGAAUAAUCUUAAAUAAUUCUGCAACGCUCGUCUACAACAUCUCUGUAGAAAUAGAAAUCUGGCCAGUAAUUGUAAAAAGGGAAAGCUAGUUGUGACAAAUGUGUUAAAUAUGAUGAGAACAAAAAGUAAAUAUCCAACCAAGCAUUAAAAACGGGUCUGGAAAAAUAUUUAACCUUUCAGACUAUUUUCUGUGUCUAUUGAUUCCUUCUGAAAUACAUUUCUCAUUUUUAUCUGUUAUUUUUCUUAAUUAGGUAUUUAAUGUGAGCACAGUAUUUUAGAAUUUCAAGUCUUUGCAUCAUAUUAUUUUAUUUUAUUCUCAAAAUAGCUUUAGGAAGAAGGUAGAAAAUGUUGUUACCUCUACUUUACUGAUAAUCUGAGGGUUGGUGAGUUUCAGUGACUUACCCAAGUUUAUGUCUAGUAAGCAGUUAAGCUAUUGUUACAACUGCAGUUAGAAGACUAGUCCAAUGCACAUCCUUCUCACUGCAUUGCAGUUCUUUUUAGUCAUAUUUUACUGAAUUUUUUUAUCAUUUAUGGAGAUUCAUGCAUCAAAACUCUUGACCAACAAAUACAUAAUUAUACUAGAAUUAUUAUUAUUAUUAUUAUUAGUAGUAGUAGUAGUACUAGUAGUAGUAGUAUGGUACUGCUGCCCAUGUAAGAGGGCAAUGUUAUAAAUUUAUCUAUUUUUUUGCUAUAUCUUGUCUAUGAAUAUUUCAUUAAAUAAGCUGCGAUGGAAAAGAUACACACUGCUACGAAAUAGGACAAGUUCAUGAGAAUUGCCCUGUGUAAAUAGAUGAAAUAAUAUAGCACCAGUGGUCCAUGCUUCAGGAGUCUAAUGAAAGAUUUUAUUUCUGAACAAGUAAUUUAGAGCCAUAUCUAUAAUACUGCAGAGAGAGCACCAUUACAGUAGUCGAUUGCAUUGACACCUUCCCUAGCUCUUCCUUCUCCCAUGAAUUCUUUUGGAAGCUCUCCUGCUGUCCACUGAAAGAGAAGAAACUCUUCUUGAUUCCUGGAAGGUGAGGAGAAACUAUGACCAGAAAAAGUUCUCCAGGCCCAAUAGAGAGAGGAGUUCAAAAGAAGCAUGGGAUGUAGAAUGAUGCAGAGAAUCAUGCAGAGUAUGAUGCAGAGAUUUCUUUGAUCAUGAAUGAAGAUUAUGUACAUUUUCAGUGAAGUUAGUGUCUUUUGAAUGGUUCUGGAUCUAGAGAUAGUAUGCCUCUCUGAAAUUUGUAUCAUUGCUACUUUAUUAGCCAGUUGUUGAUGCUGCAGUUUUGGUAUAUAUGAUGCAUAUCAUCUGAAUGAAAGGUAUAUAAGUUUUAACAUAAGUAUUAAAUUAUCUGCUCUCUCAAAUUCUAAACAGUUCCUUAGUAUACAAGAAAAUAUCACUAAUUUUAAUAUUUAACCCAAUAUAUUAUGAAGCUACUCCAGACACAUAGUAGCUUGUUAAAGUAUGAUUAAUUUUUUAAAUUCCCUCACUAUAUAGUUUUAUUUUAGUGUUUAUUUACUGUAUUUUGCAAUACGUAUUCACACAGCACAGAUUCAGAAAUUAAAAACAGUAAAACCUGAGGAGAAAUCAGUAAGAGAAUAGUUUAUAGCUUUAAGGCAUGAGGAGCUUACAGCUUUUUAAUAUAAAUUCUUCCCAGAAUCCAUGUCACAGUUCCUUAUAUGGUGCUGCUUUUCCCCUCUUGGUUGCUAUGACAACAGCAGCACUGCACCAUUCAUCAGCUCUGGACCUAUGCUGCACUGCUAGCUUUCCGUGUUACUCUGAAUGUUAAGAAGAACAUCCGUGAAUCAUUCACUCUGUUAACGCUGCGCCAUUAGAAACCUAAGAACCAGGUCUUCAGCAAUUUGCUCUAACAGAAGAGUAAAUUAAACUGCGCCACAGGAAAAAAAAAAAAUUGUAUAUUUUUUCCCUAAAGGAAUCAUACAGUCUCUGUUUGCUGCAGUAUUUUGAAAAAAAUAAGCUUCUGUCAAGAAACCUAAUGAAAAGAACUCGUCUGUAUAAUCUUUCUUGAAAUCAUUAGUUGUUCAAAACAAAUACCACAGUGCUUCUCUGGAUACAAAAAGAAGCAGGUGAUGUUGUUAGGGGUUCUAAGCCCCUUUGGGAGCACCUCUUGUGCAUUGGGACCAUAAUCAACAUCUGUUAUAAGAAGUGUCACCUGUAAUGCACAGUAAGUUCUGGGCAGUGUGAAGAGCUAGCUGAAGAAGAUUUGAAGUGUGGAUCAUUACUGAUAUAUCAGGUCUGAUAGCAACAUAACCAGUAAAUAAGCCUGAAAAGAGGAAAUACUACAUAGUAUUGACUAAUGAGGAAGAAAAAUGAAAGGCUCCCCUCUGAGGAAGGCAAAGUUUGUUGAGAGCCCACGAAUUCCAGAAUCCGAGCUUGGCUCCCCAACCCUCACUUCAGCUCAGAAACUGGACGUGGACACAUACUGCCCUGGUGAUGCUGAACAGGAACUUGGUCCCCCUCCAUCUGUAGAUGAGGCAGCAAACACACUCAUGACUCGUCUAGGUUUCCUUCUUGGAGAGAAAGUCACAGAAGUUCAGUCAGGUGACCAAUACAGCAUGGAGGUACAGGAUGAAAGUCAGACCUCAGCAAUCACCCAGCGGAUAAGUCCCUGUUCCACACUGACAAGCAGCACUGCCUCUCCACCAGCCAGUAGCCCCUGCUCUACCCUCCCACCAAUCAGUACAAAUGCUACUGCUAAGGAUUGUAGCUAUGGGGCUGUUACUAGUCCAACCUCCACCCUUGAAAGCAGAGAUAGCGGCAUCAUUGCUACUUUGACAAGCUAUUCUGAAAACAUGGAACGCACAAAAUAUGUUGGAGAAAGCAGUAAAGAAUUAGGAUCUGGAGGAAACCUAAAACCUUGGCAGACUCAAAAAUCCAGCAUGGACUCCUGUCUAUAUCGAGUAGAUGAAAACAUGACUGCUUCUACGUAUAGUCUGAAUAAGAUCCCAGAGAGAAAUUUGGAAACAGUUUUAUCUCAGUCAGUGCAGUCUAUUCCUUUGUAUCUUAUGCCACGGCCAAAUUCAGUAGCAGCCACCAGCUCUGCCCACUUGGAGGAUCUUGCAUACUUGGAUGAGCAAAGACAUACACCUUUGAGAACUUCUCUUCGAAUGCCAAGACAGAGUAUGGGUGGUGCACGCACACAGCAGGAUUUAAGAGUUCGCUUUGCACCAUACAGGCCUCCAGAUAUCUCCCUGAAGCCACUGCUCUUUGAAGUACCCAGUAUCACUACAGAGUCGGUGUUCGUUGGCCGGGAUUGGGUUUUCCAUGAAAUAGAUGCUCAACUUCAAAGUUCAAAUGCCAGUGUGAACCAAGGAGUGGUGAUUGUGGGAAACAUUGGAUUUGGCAAAACUGCCAUCAUCUCUAGGCUGGUGGCCCUCAGCUGCCAUGGUACACGGAUGAGACAGAUCGCCUCAGAUAGCCCACAUGCCUCCCCCAAACAUGUGGAUGCCAACAGAGAGUUGCCACUCACACAGCCACCUUCAGCUCACUCAUCUAUCACAAGUGGGAGCUGCCCAGGAACUCCAGAAAUGCGUAGGCGACAGGAAGAAGCUAUGCGAAGAUUAGCCUCACAGGUGGUUGCCUAUCACUAUUGCCAAGCAGAUAAUGCCUAUACCUGCCUGGUACCAGAAUUUGUCCACAAUGUUGCUGCCCUGCUCUGCCGCUCACCUCAGCUGACAGCUUAUCGGGAGCAGCUUCUUCGGGAGCCUCACCUGCAGAGCAUGCUGAGCCUUCGAUCCUGUGUUCAAGACCCCAUGGCCUCCUUUCGGAGAGGAGUCCUGGAGCCCCUGGAGAGUCUCCACAAAGAGAGAAAAAUCCCAGAUGAAGAUUUCAUCAUUUUAAUUGAUGGACUAAAUGAAGCAGAAUUUCACAAACCGGAUUAUGGGGAUACAAUUGUAUCAUUUCUGAGUAAAAUGAUUGGAAAAUUUCCUUCUUGGCUCAAACUAAUUGUAACAGUUAGGACCAGUUUACAGGAGAUUACCAAGUUGCUGCCUUUCCAUAGGAUUUUUUUGGAUCGACUAGAAGAGAAUGAAGCCAUAGACCAGGACCUGCAGGCUUACAUCCUGCACCGGAUACACAGCAGCUCAGAGAUCCAGAAUAACAUUUCUCUUAAUGGCAAAAUGGACAAUACUACAUUUGGCAAGCUCAGUUCUCAUCUCAAGACCCUCAGUCAAGGGUCCUAUCUAUACCUGAAACUUACAUUUGACCUCAUAGAGAAAGGAUAUUUAGUGUUAAAGAGCUCUAGCUACAAAGUAGUUCCUGUUUCACUCUCAGAGGUUUAUUUACUCCAGUGCAAUAUGAAGUUCCCAACCCAGUCUUCUUUUGACCGGGUGAUGCCUCUCCUGAAUGUGGCAGUGGCCUCUCUCCACCCACUGACUGAUGAGCAUAUCUUCCAGGCCAUCAAUGCGGGUAGCAUUGAAGGCACACUAGAAUGGGAAGAUUUUCAGCAGAGAAUGGAGAACCUCUCCAUGUUCCUAAUCAAGCGCAGAGACAUGACUCGUAUGUUUGUACAUCCUUCUUUUCGAGAAUGGCUUAUCUGGAGAGAAGAAGGAGAGAAAACCAAAUUUCUCUGUGAUCCCAGGAGUGGUCACACAUUACUUGCCUUCUGGUUUUCUCGCCAAGAGGGAAAACUAAACCGACAGCAGACUAUUGAAUUGGGACAUCACAUCCUCAAAGCACACAUCUUUAAGGGUUUGAGUAAAAAAGUUGGAGUAUCAUCUUCCAUCCUCCAAGGUCUCUGGAUCUCUUAUAGUACAGAAGGUCUUUCCAUGGCAUUGGCAUCUCUACGAAAUCUCUACACUCCAAAUAUAAAGGUCAGCCGACUGCUGAUUUUGGGAGGUGCCAAUAUUAAUUACCGGACAGAGGUUUUAAAUAAUGCUCCAAUUCUAUGUGUUCAGUCUCAUCUUGGUUACACAGAAAUGGUGGCCUUGCUUUUGGAAUUUGGGGCCAAUGUAGAUGCCUCUUCUGAAAGUGGCCUGACUCCUUUGGGAUAUGCCGCAGCAGCAGGGUUCUUGAGCAUCGUGGUGCUACUCUGCAAGAAACGGGCCAAGGUGGAUCACUUGGAUAAGAAUGGACAGUGUGCUUUGGUUCAUGCUGCACUCAGAGGUCAUCUGGAGGUCGUUAAGUUUUUGAUUCAGUGUGACUGGACAAUGGCCGGCCAGCAGCAAGGAGUGUUUAAAAAGAGCCAUGCCAUCCAGCAGGCCCUCAUUGCUGCAGCCAGCAUGGGUUACACUGAGAUUGUCUCCUACCUACUUGAUCUUCCAGAAAAAGAUGAAGAAGAAGUAGAGCGAGCACAGAUCAACAGCUUUGACAGUCUCUGGGGAGAGACAGCCCUGACAGCUGCAGCCGGAAGAGGCAAACUGGAGGUAUGCCGUCUGCUCUUGGAGCAAGGCGCAGCAGUGGCCCAGCCAAACCGCCGAGGGGCAGUGCCCCUGUUCAGCACUGUUCGCCAGGGCCACUGGCAGAUUGUUGAUCUUCUACUUACCCAUGGAGCUGAUGUCAACAUGGCAGAUAAGCAAGGUCGUACUCCCCUGAUGAUGGCUGCUUCUGAAGGCCAUCUGGGAACUGUGGACUUUCUUCUUGCACAAGGUGCCUCUAUUGCUUUAAUGGACAAAGAAGGAUUGACAGCCCUCAGCUGGGCUUGUUUGAAGGGUCAUCUCUCAGUAGUACGUUCUCUGGUGGAUAAUGGAGCUGCCACAGACCAUGCCGACAAGAAUGGCCGCACCCCACUGGACUUGGCAGCUUUCUAUGGUGAUGCUGAGGUGGUCCAGUUCCUGGUGGAUCAUGGAGCCAUGAUUGAGCAUGUUGACUACAGUGGGAUGCGCCCUCUGGAUAGGGCAGUUGGGUGCCGGAACACUUCUGUUGUUGUCACUCUCCUGAAGAAAGGAGCUAAAAUAGGUUGUCAGACGUUACCGAGUCGCCCACGAGGUCCAGCCACAUGGGCGAUGGCUACCUCCAAACCAGACAUCAUGAUCAUCCUGUUGAGCAAGCUGAUGGAAGAGGGGGACAUGUUUUAUAAGAAAGGUAAAGUAAAGGAGGCUGCCCAGCGCUACCAGUAUGCUCUGAAGAAAUUCCCUAGAGAAGGGUUUGGUGAGGACCUGAAAACCUUCCGGGAGCUAAAGGUGUCUCUCCUCCUCAACCUCUCUCGAUGUCGCAGGAAAAUGAAUGAUUUUGGAAUGGCGGAGGAAUUUGCUACUAAGGCCCUGGAGCUGAAACCGAAAUCUUAUGAAGCUUACUAUGCAAGAGCAAGGGCAAAACGCAGCAGCAGACAGUUUGCAGCAGCCUUAGAGGACCUGAACGAGGCCAUCAAGCUGUGUCCAAACAACCGCGAGAUCCAGAGACUUCUGAUGAGAGUGGAAGAGGAGUGUAGACAGAUGCAGCAGCAGCAGCAGCCGCCUCCGCAGCAACCUCAGCAGCAGCUACCAGAAGAAACAGAACCUGAACCACAGAAUGAAGAUGUAUACUCUGUACAAGAUAUAUUCGAGGAGGAGUACCUGGAACAGGAUGUAGAAAAUGUUUCCAUCGGCCUCCAGACAGAGGCUCGGCCCAGCCAGGGGCUCCCGAUAAUCCAGAGCCCACCCUCCUCUCCAGCCCAUCGGGAUUCAGCCUACAUCUCUAGCUCACCUCUUGGCUCUCACCAGGUUUUUGACUUCCGGUCCAAUAGUUCUGUAGGUUCUCCCACUAGACAGGGAUAUCAGUCCACCUCACCUGCUCUUUCUCCAACUCACCAGAAUUCUCAUUACAGGCCUAGUCCACCACAUACUUCCCCAGCUCAUCAGGGUGGAUCUUAUCGGUUUAGCCCCCCUCCUGUGGGAGGGCAGGGCAAAGAAUACCCAAGCCCUCCCCCUUCCCCACUCCGCCGAGGCCCUCAGUAUAGGGCCAGCCCUCCAGCUGAAAGCAUGAGUGUCUAUAGAUCCCAAUCUGGUUCACCCGUGCGCUAUCAGCAGGAAACAAAUGUUAGUCAGCUUCCUGGCAGACCAAAAUCUCCAUUAUCCAAGAUGGCCCAGCGUCCUUACCAGAUGCCUCAGCUUCCUGUGGCAGUUCCCCAGCAAGGGCUCAGGCUCCAGCCUGCCAAGGCCCAGAUUGUGAGAAGUAACCAGCCCAGCUCAGCAGUUCAUUCAAGCACUGUCAUCCCCACAGGAGCCUAUGGCCAAGUCACCCAUUCAAUGGCCAGUAAAUACCAGUCUUCACAAGGAGACAUAGGAGUCAGUCAGAGCCGACUGGUUUAUCAAGGGUCAAUUGGGGGGAUUGUAGGAGAUGGGAGGCCUGUGCAGCAUGUCCAAGCCAGCCUGAGUGCAGGUGCCAUCUGUCAGCAUGGAGGGUUGACCAAAGAAGAUCUUCCACAACGACCUUCCUCAGCAUAUCGUGGUGGUAUGAGAUACAGCCAGACACCCCAGAUUGGGCGUAGCCAAUCAGCAUCCUAUUACCCAGUCUGUCACUCAAAACUAGAUCUGGAGCGUUCCUCCAGCCAAUUAGGUUCCCCUGAUGUGUCACAUUUAAUCAGAAGACCUAUCAGUGUCAACCCUAAUGAAAUCAAACCCCAUCCACCAACUCCCAGGCCGCUGCUGCACUCCCAGAGCGUGGGCCUUCGCUUCUCUCCAUCUAGCAAUAGCAUCUCAUCCACCUCCAACCUAACUCCUACCUUCCGGCCUUCUUCCUCAAUUCAGCAAAUGGAAAUCCCACUGAAACCGGCAUAUGAUAGGUCAUGUGAUGAGCUGUCACCAGUGUCUCCCACUCAGGGAGGUUACCCCAGUGAGCCCACUCGAUCCAGGACCACACCAUUCAUGGGGAUCAUAGAUAAAACAGCCCGGACUCAACAGUACCCCCACCUUCACCAGCAGAAUCGGACCUGGGCAGUGUCGUCAGUGGAUACUGUUCUCAGUCCCACGUCUCCAGGCAGCCUGCCUCAGCCUGAGUCCUUCAGUCCACCGUCAUCCAUCAGCAACAUUGCCUUUUAUAACAAAACCAACAAUGCACAGAAUGGCCAUUUGCUAGAGGACGAUUAUUAUAGCCCCCAUGGGAUGCUGGCUAAUGGGUCCCGUGGAGACCUGUUGGAGAGAGUCAGCCAGGCCUCCUCUUAUCCUGAUGUGAAGGUGGCUCGGACCCUACCUGUGGCUCAGGCAUACCAGGACAACCUGUACAGGCAGUUGUCCCGGGACUCUCGACAAGGGCAGACAUCCCCUAUCAAACCAAAGAGACCAUUUGUGGAGUCUAAUGUUUAAAAGACAUUUGUUGGAGUGAGACCCAUAUGUUUUCACUGCACAUUUUCAGGCUUGGUUUCCACAUUUGAGGUAGUUCUCUGGCUUAAUUUCUCAUGUAGUUUCUGUGUGGUGUUCAGAGAUGGCAGCCCACAUGCUGAAAUUCUUUGCAUGCAGCCGACUGGGAAGCUGGCCUCUGGUGAGCCAGAACUUUAGUUUCUCUGGUCUGUGCCCCAGCCACAUGCUCUCUCCCUCUCUUCAGAUGCCAACGAGGAGAUUUUUGUGCCGUGUGCUUUAACCCAGGGAGAUCAGACAUACUGGUCAGCUUUUUCCAGGAGACAAUCGCUUUCACUGAUGUUCUUGUUGUAUAAAUGUCUUUUUUUCUUUUUUAAAAAGUAAGAUGUUCUUGUUCGUUUUCUUCUAGGAACUUUAGAAAGAGUGUGAUGCCCCUUUGCCUUUGCAUUCUUAUCCAGUGUUAUCCAAAUAGCCAGCCCCAGUGCAUUUGUGUGCCAUGGUCUCUUCCCCCAGGCUGUCAGCCAGCUCCGUGCAGUCAUCAGAUCUAGAAUGUUCAUUUGCAUUAUUACUGGUCUUCCUGUGGGGUAAAAGAAUCAAGGAGGGAGAGAGAGAGAAGAAAUAAGUCUGUUAAACUGGAAGAAAGGGACUGGGGAUAUACCUCAGAGGUGGAGACUUGCCUAGCAUGCACAAGGCCCUGGGUGCAAUCCCCAGCACUGCCAAAAAAAAGUCGGGGGGGGGGGUGUGCAAAAUAAUUAUUUAAAAUGUCACUACAUUGGUUUUCUAAGAGGCAUUUUAAUCUACUGAUCUGAUUUUCCAGGGGUAGGGAAGGGAAUAAACACACAAAGAGAGAGGGCGAGAAAAGAAAGAUUGUUCUGAAUUCUCGGUGAAAUGCUAUAGAAAGUCUGUGUUUAAAAAAGUCUACAUUUUAGAUCCUGAAACACUGAGCAUUUGAUUCUGCAAAAAGCGAGCUUCCUGAAGGUUGGCUGGUACAAUAAGCCUUUUAGCUGUAUCUUCACCUAGAGCCAGAUUUUGUUCUGUUGGCCCUCUUUGUUCGAACCCAGAUGGUGUUAUGAGGAACUUGGUUCUUUGAGAAGCUAAUUGGAUUCUCUUGGGACUGUAAGAUUGAUUGCCAGGAUUUCUACCCAGGGCCAUUGCAUUCCAUGCCUAUUGUUAUCUAAUUCCAUUUUGAGAUCUGUAGCUUCAUUUUCUACUAUUAGAGGAAUUUUUUUCUUUUUCUAGGAGUGUUUAUGGGGGUGAUAUUUAAAAAUCAUACACAGCAAAAAAUGUUUCAGGGUGGAGACGGACCCCUUUUUGCCCUGUCUUCUAGCCCUGAGUUGGGGCACAACACAGAUGGCAGGUUUCUGCUCUAGUCACUCUCUACACAUCUUCUAGGUCUUGUGGUUGUUCGCUCACCUGACCUUUGAGUGAUGGAGGCCACCAUGAAAUGGACAGCAAUACCACUGUGACCAAAGCCUUAGCACAGUCCUGGCACUGGCUGCACUCAAUUAAGAAACUCCACCCGACAAACUAACCUGCUGAAAUUCAACAAAAGAGCAUUAGUUCUCUGCUAUUAGGAAUCAUUCUGCUCCUGUUAGUAAAGGGCUACAGAAAGAGCAGUUUCCUGAAUAAAAUCCAACUGUGACCAGACCUGUUUGUAGUUAAGUAUUCAGAAAGGAUCAUUAAGACAUGGGGAGCAUAAAGCUGAGAUCAGAAACAUCUCUACUGACUAAGAUCCUACCAAAUAGAUGGACCCCUGAGCCCCAAGUCCCAAGCCUGAACAGGCCAGGAUUCACCUCUGUGUGCCGGAAGCAAACAAUGGGGCCAACUGAAGACCCAGACACUUUUUCACCUGGUGUGUAAAGACUGCCUGCUACUCAACUAGACCUGGGUGGGCAGCAGUGGCCUCUACCCAUCGAUCUCUCUCCAUCCCACAUCGGGAAGAUGAAGUGUGGGCUAAGGGUGUAGCUCAGUGGUAGAGUAUUUGCCUAGCAUGAGUCCCUGGGUUUGAUUUCCAGCACCCCAAAAAGAGGAAAGAAGAAGAUGAAGUGGUAUCAGCCUGUAGCUAGGAACCUAGCAGCCUCAGGUGUCUUUUUGGCCAGGCCUCAGGCCUGUUGGUCUAUUUGCAUCUCAUCCCAUUUUAACCACCUCUUAGUGGGGAGCUGCUACAUUUUGAAGAAUUUCUUAGUCUAUUAGAAAAGUGUCCCUGCUUAUUAAACAACACAUACCACCUGCACUUGUCUGUCCAGGUGGGGAGGCAAGUCAUGAUUUUACAGUUAUGCCAUUGAUGCCACCUCUCCCCAGGGUCUCCUCUAGGUUUUCCAAUACAAAUAAAGAGAUUCGGGGUCUACACCCUAUCAGGCAAGAAAUCUAAAAUGUCAAUAGUCAAAAUGCAAUUUCUAUUUUAGCCAUGCAAAAAGGUGUAGAUAUCACUUCUGGACUCCAGUUGUUUUUGAUCAGAAAAUGCCAACAGGAGUUAAUUGGGGCAAGAGACAAGGUAUUUCCUUGGAAGCAGACUGCCUGUGCCCUGUUUUGCUACUUCACUGCCAUGGGAUGAUCUUAGUACUGUAUUUUAGAGAUACCCCUUCCACAGCAACAAACAUUUGCCGAAUUAAUGUCUGGCUUCAGGUGGGAGGAAAUGUUUCAAAGGAACCUGGUAAGUUCCAUUCACCCAAUUCACAUCACUCCCUGAAAUGGAGACAGAGGUGACAACUUCAGCUUAUAGGUUUCUCACCAAAUCAUAUGUUCCAUUUGCCUAGAAUCCUUGCACUAAUGGGUUUCCAUCACAUCCUGUCUAUAAAUGGGUGCACUUUACUGUUUGAAUUUGUAACUCUGAUAAAUACUGGAUAUUUAAUUGUGAGUAGUGUCUUCAUUAGAAAUAAGCAGAAUCGCUCUUGUCUUUUAGUGUAUUUUUCAAGAAAAAAAAAACAAGGAAAAGAAAGAAAUCAAGCAGUGGCUCACAACAUUUAUAGCACAAGAAAUAACUGUUGUAUAUAAGCAUCAAAAAGAUUAAGAAUUUUUAAAUACAAAAAAUAUUUGCAGUGAUUUUAAAGUGCUUUUCCAGCAAUUUUCUUAGGGACUCCUGAGACAUGGUUACUUUAUUUACUGGAUCAGUAAGGCACACAGUUAACAAUUAAAAAUUAAUGUUUAUUUACAAAGUAAAGGGAAAACCUGUGUAACAUGAGAAUUUGGCAUGGACAAAAUGGAGACCAUUUUGUAUCUGCUGUUGUAUCUGUCUGGGUUGCAGAUGUGCACUAUUAAAGUCCCAAGUUAAUAGAGCACAAACCCUUCUUGUUCCUCUCCCCUGCGCCCUCUUUUUAGAUGUGUUUAGCUUAAACUUGAUGGCUCAGGAAAACUCCAUUAAUUAGAAUCGUGUAUAGUCAAUGUCCAGAUAUACAAGUUUGCCAAUUUUGGUUAAGCCUGGAUUAUUAAACACUUUUACUAAAUUAUUAUAAACAGAACAGCUUAGAGAAAGGUGUUCUCAGUCCUUAUAUUGUAUAGUAGUUUAUGAACCCCUCUAAAUAUUGGUAUUUUUAUAUUCCAGAGAUGUACCCAAUAGAAAAAUUAAAAAUUAAUUAGUGUCUAAUUUAAUAUCCGUAAGUAUUUUUCCUUGAGAUUUAGUCACAUACAGUGGAUAUGUGGAUGUCACUUGUGCUUCACCAUGCUUUACCACUAGGUGUCGCUGUGGCUCUGCACCACAUUUGUCUGGUAGCAAAAAAAAAAAAAAUGGCAGCAUCCCCUCCUGAGGAGCCGCUUCCAGGGCAGCAGGCAGGCCCAUAGAUUCAGAGGUUCAGGAAGAAGGGAACACAGACCUGGAAGGGGUCUUCAUGUAUUCAUGCCAGUUAUAGCAAGACAGACAACACUAUCUGCUUUGGACCUUCAGACAGACAGAGGCUGGGAGAAGGCCGGAGAGAGCUCCCUUGCUCUGGUGGAUGGAUGGGUAUGCAGAGGACCUUUUUCUUCCCCCCUGAACAUCCCUCCUCUCAGUUCCUCUCAGCCACCAACCUUUGUAACUCCAGAAGUGUUAUAGUUGGGUGGUUUGAUUCAAAGAUAGUUAUUUUUCUACUGCAGAAAUGCCUUGGACAAAACCAGUUGCUCAUUGAAUCUUUGCCACAAAACGGAACAUGCUCCCCCCAGGGGCAGGAUGUGCCCACCCCUGUGCCCCAUCUCCCACUGAGGCUCCCAGUGCUCAGCAGCCUCGCCCACCCCACCUGUGUGUCCUCAGGCUGCCCACUUCUCAAGAAGCAGACCUACAAAGGCAGCCUGCUGCAGCCUCCACGAAGAGGGCUGCUACCCUGCUGCAUGCUUGCUGAGAGGUGAGGCUGCUUUUCUCUAGGAAUUCCAGACCGACCAUCUACCAUGACUAACAACAAUGAACAAAAGGGCUUAGGGGUAAGAGCUACCUACAAAGACGUGUCAUGGAAACCUUCACCAUGCAAUGCCUUGAACUCAGCUCUGGCUGCUCCCAAGAAAAGGUGGCUGGCUGGGAGCCUGGACACAAGCACAAUGGGGCUGGUGGAGCCACUGUGUGGAGCUACUUGAAUUAUCACUGGGUCUUCAUCAACUCCUUUUAUAAUACAGACCACUCAAGGGCUGAAGUGUUGGUAACCUUCAUUUCGGUGUCCAAUGCCUCACAGCAGCUGAGCCACCCUGAGAUGCUUGUGGCCACAUGAUUGCCACAGUCAGAGCUUUGAAAGUCAGUACCAAAUGAAUGCAUAAUUGGACACCAAAAAUCAAGUGUUACUUUCAUGUUUCCUCACCCCGUCAUCUCAUUUCCUCCUGCUGACUCUGUGAUGCCUACACUAAGCUGACCAGUCAGGCUGUGGCUGGGUGCAUAUGGAUGCAGGCCAGCAUCGCUCUCGUUUUUUAAGAUAGACCUACUCUGUGGACAGGAAGUGGCCUAGCUGCUUAGUUGUUGUAGCACCUACUGGCUGAAUUUUUCUUUGCUAACCAUUAACCAGGAAAUUUGGCAAGGAGGACUCAACUCACUCCGUCAGUCCUCAGGACCAGAGUAAAUUCUGCAAAAUUCAGUACUUGAAUGUACCUGCCUUACUGUGUACCAAUUUACUGGGGUAAGAAAAGAGAGAGAGAGAUGCUGGCUCCAGAUCUCCACUCCAUUCACAGAUUAUUUUGGAAAUCCUGUAAGUCACACUUCCUGUUCUGGGUUUUUGUUGUUAUUUACCUUUGGCUGAUUCCUGCUGAGUGGGGCCAGUUCCUUGUCAGGCUCAGGGCAGGUGCCAUUCUCAGGCAUGGCCUCCUUUCCAUCUAGCACAGCAUCUGUAUCUCUGUUCUGUCUCCUCCAAAUCCAAGAUGAUUUUAAUUAGUACAGACAUGUACAGUCUACAAUUAAAGAGUGAUUUGUACUAAUAUGAUUUUGAUUCUUCCUCUUUGCUGUCCUUUCAAGACACUUGCUGGAAAAAGCUUUAAUGCACUUAGUUUUCCUUUAGGUUUUCUAUAACUCAGAUGUAAAGGACUUUCUCUGUACAGUAUAUUAUCCAAUGCAUGUUUGUUCUCUAUCCUGAUAUAUUGAACACCACACAGUCGUGAACUCGUGCAGUGGGGAUGCCCCACACCCAGACGAGGCCUCUAGCCCCGUAAUUAAGGAAGACACUUUCCUUUGCUGUACUUGCUUGAGCAGUUUUAUUGUCUGUACAUGUGAGCUAUGUGAGAUAGAUGUGAAAAGUUCAAAUGAAUGCAUUUUCCUGCCCCAUGUAUACAGAGCGUCAUCUGUACAAUGAGCUGUAUGUAUGAAAGCAAAUGUACUUAUUUAUAAAUGGUUAACACUUGGAAAAA